ACUAUUCAUUGUGGUGGGAAUCACACGCAUUUUUGGUUCCACCAUAUAGUAAAAAAGCGUCUAACAUGAUUUUCAUUGAACCAGACUAUCACUCGCAGACCAAACAAUAAUAAGAUAAGGCGGAACUCCUGGUUAUUCAACAGACACAGAUAAGCAACUGUUUGGCGCGAUAAGUGACCCACUAUCAAUACGCGCACAUUUUAAGCUUUGAGAAAUAGCUGAUAUGAUUGUGAAAUGUUUUAUUCGACAACCGAUCACAACAAUGCAGAAAGCACGACUCACUUAUCAGUGGUAUACUGAAUGGUCAUCCGAAGUCAGCGGGAUUCCAAUUACAUAUAUAAGGUACUGCCAGACGACUUACUCAAUCAGUAAAUGGCUAAAAUUCCGACGAAAUGGUUCUCAAGCCAGGUAUAUUUCUGCUUAUAGCGACCGCCAUCUGUGCUUUAGGUGGUUGCCAUGGUGCCAAUAUUUUGGGUAUCUUUCCCAGCCUUAGUCCCUCGCAUUUGAUCAUCCAAAUGAGCACGGCUAAAGUUCUGGCCGAGAAGGGACACAAUGUGACAGUGGUCACGGUGCUGAAGCCAGUGGUCAACCACAAGAACAUAAAAGUGAUCAUGGUGCCACUGAGGAAAGAGGAGGCCCAGCAAAUGAGUGACAGCAUUGCAGCGAUGUCGAAAAAUGACAAUAGCAACAUGGUCAUGUCCAUGCUCCGCAUGACGAAUCAGUUGAGUUUUAUGUUCAAUAAGAUGGUAGAUGCCUUUAAGGACGACCGUGUUCGUGACCUGUACCUUAAUAAGGACAACAAGUUCGACGUGGUUCUCUCUGGAUACUUCAUGAACGACUACCAGCUUGGAUUCGCCAAGAAAGUAAACGCACCUGUCAUCAUCGUGGCCACAAUGCCUCCCAAUCAACUGAUAAACCCAUUGAUCGGAAACCCCCUUGAGAUCGCCUAUGUGCCCUCAAUUGCCGAUUCCGUCGAGAGAGGUAAAGUAAUGUCCUUCCGGGAGCGCUUGACAGUUUACUGUUCAAGCGUCUUCUUCGGACUUUUCCAUCUAAUUACUGAAAGGCGAAGUAAGAGAUUUUACAAGGAAUUAUUUGGAGAUGAUCCCACUAUGCCCGAGUACUCCGAAAUGCUAAAGAACACCUCGUUGGUUUUCUACGCCUCCCACGCACCCAGUGAGGGUCCAAUUCGACCAAAUGUUCCUGCUGCCAUUGAGAUCGGAGGCAUUCAAGUAAAGGACACGCCGGAUCCCCUGCCCCAAAAUAUGGCCGAAUUUCUGGGUAAUGCCACGGAUGGCGCCAUUCUGUUGUCCUUGGGUUCCAACGUGAAAGGAAGCCACAUAAAACCAGACACGGUAGUGAAAAUGUUCAACGUAUUGUCUAAGCUGAAGCAAAGGGUGAUCUGGAAGUGGGAGGACCUGGAGAAGACUCCUGGAAAGUCUGAUAACAUCCUCUAUUCGAAGUGGCUUCCACAGGACGAUAUCCUGGCACAUCCAAACAUUAAGCUUUUCAUUAAUCAUGCCGGAAAGGGUGGCAUAACCGAAGCCCAAUAUCACGGAAAACCUAUGCUCUCCUUGCCAGUAUUUGGAGAUCAGCCCGGAAAUGCUGACGCCAUGGUCAAGCAAGGAUUUGGCCUUACCCUAAGUCUUCUCUCCUUAGAGGAGCAGCCGUUCCAAAAGGCCAUCCUAGAGAUCUUAACGAAUCCGCAGUAUUUCAAGAAGGUGUCCUCGUUCUCCUCCCUGUACCGGGAUCGCCCCAUGACCGCUAGGGAAUCAGUGAUCUACUGGACGGAGUACGUCAUCCGCCACCAUGGAGCUGCCCAUCUUCAGAGUCCCGUGGUGCACAUGAGCUUCAUCGCCGCCAAUAAUAUAGAUAUAUAUGUUUUAAUUGCAGUUGUUCUGGUAAUUCUAGUGUUGCUGUUCAAAUUGUUAGUGCAAAUUAUUUAUAGAAAAUUCGUUUCGGAGACAAAGAAAGAGAAAAAGCACUAAUAGUUAGUUUAGUGUUCUAUUUAGUUUAAAAAAAUUAUCUUCUAGUCGCUUAUUUUUUAUGAAAAUAAAGAA